AAUUCAAACUCAGCCAGACAGCAUGAUCGCGCCACCUCGGCGCUAAGGUCGCUAACGCUAGAGAAAUACUGUGCUGCUCAGGAAAUAUAUCUGCUCACCUCAGAUAUUAGUCGGAUAUUCGAUUGAAAAACCCAAGACUCAGCCUUUCCCUAUCAGCCUGUUUAACGAUGUCUAAGUUGGCGCUGUUUACCCUGGUCAUGGUGCUGCAAGCAUGCACGAUUAUGGCGGAGAGUGAUGACCCAGGGGUUCUGGAGAAAGCGAGGGAGGCGUACAGAGAAUUAAAGACUAAAGUUGUGAGUGCAGGCAGCACAGUGGCUGACCUUGCUGGAAUGUACUACGAGGACCAUGUGAAGCCUGUGACCGACCCUUACGUGCAGUGGGCUAAAGACAGAGCCAGCGCCGCCUGGGAGCGAGUCAAAAACAGAGUGCCUGGCUACAUCUCUGAGUAACAUAAAAAGAAUAUAUAAAUAUAUAUAUAUAUAUAUAUAUAUAUAUAUAUAUAUAUAUAUAUAUAUAUAUAUAUAUAUAUAUAUAUAUAUAUAUUUAAAUAAGACGACAUUAAACUCAUAAACACUGUGAAAACACACAUUAAACAUUACAAAUGUACCU